AUGGUGGCAUGGCCUACGGGGACAAAGACAAGCCGAGGACCUCAAGGGCGUGCAGAAGCCCAAGGAGUGGUCGCUGGAGCUGCUCCCCCGGCGGCCUACUGGAACAACCCGGUGACCUCGCUUUGCUCGCGCUUUGCGCACACCUCGACCAACAAGCAGCCAUUUCCGGUCAACGCGGUCUGCUGGACUCCCGAGGGCCGGAGGCUGGUCAUGGGGGUGAGCUCGGGCGAGUUCUCGCUGUGGAAUGGGCUCUGCUUCAACUUUGAGACGCUGCAGCAGAGUCACGACAAGGCGGUGCGGGCCAUGGAGUGGUCGCACGACGAGGACUGGAUGAUUUCGUGUGACGACGCCGGAGUGGUCAAGUACUGGCAGCCCAACUUUAACAAUGUCAAGACGCUGCAGGCGCAUGAGUCGCCCAUCCAGGACAUCUCGUUCUCGCCGACAGACAUGAAGUUUGUGACGUGCUCGGACGACACCUCGCUCAAGAUCUGGGACUUUAACAACGUGCGCGAGGAGACAAGCCUCUACGGCCACCAGUGGGAGGUCAAGACUGUCCAGUGGCAUCCGGAAAAGUGCCUCAUUGCCUCGGGCUCCAAGGACCGACUCAUUAAGCUGUGGGACGCGCGGACCGGCAAGAGUCUCACCUCGAUCCACGCCCACAAGGAGUGCGUCCAGUCUGUCCACUGGAACCCUGUGAACGGCAACUGGCUGCUCUCGGGCUCGCGCGACCAGCUCAUCAAGCUCUUCGACAUUCGCAUGAUGCGUGAGGUUCAGAGCUUCCGCGGCCACUCCAAGGAGGUGUGCUCCGUCCGCUGGCACCCUAUCCACGAAGAACUGUUUGCUUCCGGCGGCUCGGUUGGUGAUGUGCUGUUUUGGCUUGUUGGCCACGACGACGUGCAGGACUCGAUCCUCAACGCCCACGAGUCGCAAGUCUUUGCCCUCGACUGGCACCCGAUGGGUCACAUCCUCACUUCCGGCUCCAACGAUCGCUCCGCCAAGUUCUGGUCGCGCCAGCGCAUGGGCGACACAGAGCGCGAGCUGUACAACCCGGAGGCCCGCAAGGCCGCUCGCAUGAUGGCCCUUCACCAGCAGGUCGCCGCUACCCAAGUCUCGUCUACAGAAGUCACCGAGUUCUCUACACCGCUGGCCGGCUUUGGCCUCGACGCCGACACCAAGCUCGCGGUCCCAGCCCUCCCACUCAAGGCAAAUCCCGAGGUCGCCGCACAGGUCGCAGAAGCCACACGCAACAUCAAGUCAUCGCUGGUCAAGCCCGAGAAUGGUGCUCGCCGCGGGCCGGAGACCAAGUUUGUCCCGCCAGGCGCCCGCCCGCUGCCGCCUGGCAUUCGCGGCCCACCGCCCUAUGUGGCGGAUCGGUGCUUCGCUGGCGCCGCGGGUAGCCCCGGCGCUCGGGCCAUGGCGGCUCGUCUGACGCGCUCGGCGGCCAGUCUGGCCAGCGUGAUGCCGGCGUCGCUGGCGUUUGCGCGCCACGCAGGAAGCGGACAGCUCCGUGGGAUGGCGACCGAGGCCGGUGGGCCGCUCAGCGCUGUCCGCGGAUGGAUGCAGAACGCCAUCAAGGGCUUUGAGAACUUUGACGAGGGCGGGGCGAGGAAGCGCAAGGCUGGCGACGAUGCGGCAAGUAAGGAGAGCGGGAGUGAGCAAAGAGCACGGCCGGAGAAGAAGAAGGGCGAGGAUGGCGGAAGUGGCAAGCCGCCGCCGCCGGAGAACGAGCCGUCGACGGCGACGGUGGCGUCGCUGGUGGCGUCGAUCGGGCUCUUUGGUGCGGUGCUGUAUAUGAUGCCGAGCCGUGAGGCUGCCGACGGCGGCCCGCGCGAGAUGACGUUCCAGGACUUUAAGCGCGACUACCUCUACACCGGCAAGGUCGACCGGCUGGAGGUGAUGAACGGCGAACAGGUGCGGGUGUUUGCGUACGACUAUGUUCCUGGUGGGGCGGACGGGACAGAGAGCGUGGCGCUCGAGGAGACGCCCGGCACCUCGAUAGGGCUGGGCAAGGCGCCCAAGUUUGUGGGUGUUUUCUCGAUCGGGUCUGUGGAGACGCUUGAGCGGCAGAUGGACGAGGCGCAGUGGGAGCUGGCACUUGCGCCGGAGGACUACGUGCCGAUCACGUACAAGUCGGAGAUGAUGAUGUCGUCGAUCAUGAUGGCAGCGCUUCCGACGCUUGUGCUCAUCGGGUUCUGGAUCUGGGCCAUGCGGCGGUUUUCGGGAGGCGGAGCCGGGCCAGGCGGACCGGGCGGCUCGGGACCGGGCUCGCUCCUCUCGAUCACCAAGGCCAAGACGACGACGGCCGGGAGCGUGGCGGUCCCGGUCAAGUUUGCAGACGUGGCCGGAAUGGACGAGGCCAAGCAGGAGAUUGUCGAGUUUGUCGAGUUCCUUAAGCACCCGAGCAAGUUUACGGAGCUCGGCGCCAAGCCGCCCAAGGGCGCGAUUCUUGUGGGCCCGCCGGGAACAGGCAAGACGAUGCUGGCCAAGGCCAUGGCUGGUGAGGCCGACGUGCCAUUUUUCUCCAUCUCGGGCUCGGACUUUAUCGAGAUGUUCGUGGGCGUCGGCCCGUCACGGGUCCGCGACCUGUUCAAGCAGGCGCGGGCGACGACGCCGUCAAUCAUCUUUAUCGACGAGAUCGACGCGAUCGGCAAGAAGCGGUCGUCGGGCGGGUUUUCGUCGGGCGGGUCGGACGAACGCGAGAACACACUCAAUCAGCUGUUGGUGGAGAUGGACGGAUUCGACUCCAAGGACGAGGUGGUGGUGGUAGCGUCGACGAACCGGGUCGACAUCCUCGAUCCGGCGCUGCUGAGGCCAGGGCGAUUCGAUCGCCAGAUCGCGGUGGACAACCCGGACAUUCGCGGGCGCGAGGACAUUUUCAAGGUUCACCUGGCCAAGGUCAAGCUCGCCGAGACGGACAGCGCGGCCGUGGACAAGCUCCGCGCGCGGCUUGCCGAGCUCACGCCCGGCUUUUCCGGCGCCGACAUUGCCAACGUCGUCAACGAGGCCGCUCUGCUUGCUGGGCGCUACAAGGCGUCGGGUGUCGAGUACUCACACUUUGAGGCGGCCAUCGACCGGGUCAUUGGCGGCCUCGAGCGGCGGUCGCGAGUGCUCUCGCCCGAGGAAAAGGUACGCGUUGCGUACCACGAGGCCGGCCACGCACUUGUGGGCUGGCUGCUGGAGCACACCGACCCGCUGCUCAAGGUCUCGAUUGUUCCGCGCGGGCAGGCUGCACUCGGCUACGCGCAGUACGUGCCCAAGGAGCGGUUCUUGUACGCCGAGGAGGAGCUCCGUGACCGGAUCUGUAUGAUGCUCGGCGGUCGGGUGGCCGAGGAGCUCAAGUUUGGCGUCAUCUCGACCGGAGCCCGCGACGACCUUGACAAGGUGACCAAGCUCACCUACUCGCUCAUCACCAAGUUUGGCUUUUCGCCGUCGAUCGGCCAGCUCUCGUUCCCGGACCAGGGCGAGAUGGAGUUUGAAAAGCCGUACUCGGAGGAGACCGCUGCAGCCAUCGACCUCGAGGCCCGCGCCAUCAUCGAUGACGCCUACGCCCGUACCAAGGACGUCAUCGGCGCGCACAUGGACAAGCUCGAGGAAAUCGGCAAGCUGCUGAUGGAGAAGGAGGUGAUGCGGACCGACGACAUGCUCGCCAUCCUCGGCCCGCGGCCGCACGACCCGCCAGCCGAGCCAGAGACCAAGGCGUCGAGCGCCCCGGCGGCGCCGGCCGACUCGGCCUAG